AUGGCCGAUAGCAAUGCCCCUAGUGGAAGUGGAACUCCGAAAGCUAUACCUAGUCUGGCCAAGCGGCCGAGCGAUGUAACGCGUCAAGGAACGAGUAGAUUGAAGUUUGUUCCAACGUUGCCUCAGAGGCGCAAAAAAGAGGAAGUCAAAGCGGAACCAACGCCUGAUGUUAUCCCGGAAGCGUCUGGGACUUCUGGCAGGGGUCGAGGUGGCGCCAGGGGUGGACGAGGCGACGGACGAGGAAGAGGACGUGGAGGCAGGCCAGGAGGUCCCCCACCAGUCGUUAUGACAGCCAGUGGUCCUUUUGCUCUCGGCCCUACACUCGCUGGAAGCUCAGCUAGACGCUCGACACCUCGCUCAAACUUUGCACCCAGCAUCGCGUCAAGCACGUCUGGAUCUUCGUCACUGGGGGCAGGUCUUUCUCAAACGGCACCUCCCACGCUCAAGAAGGAUUUGAAUGAUCUCAAGGGCAAAGGGAAGGAGGUUAAGAAGGAGGAGGAUGACGAUGUGGAGGUUUAUUCAGACCCGGAUGAUGGCGUCGAGAUCAUCGAUAUCGAACAAGUGAGGGGGUUGGAUUAUAUGGCUCCCGAAAGUCUGCGCAGGGAUAGGAGUUCGAAGAAGAAGAAGGUGAAGAAAGAGAAAAGCGCAGAGGAUCAAGUAGACCAUGAUAUUGAUCAUGCGAACGCGCUGGACCUAAGCGAGGACGAGGAAGAAGAGGAAGCAGAACUGGAAGAUGUUAUUGAAGACUUUGCUGCCCAGGUCAACCUCGAAUCUGAUAACGAUCUACGAGAAGAAAAAAUCUAUCUAUUCCAGUUCCCCACUCCAUUCCCGACGUUUGUCCAGCCUGAAACAGCAGACAACUCCGCGGUGUCCGCUGGGGCUACAGACGGAGAUGUCGAGAUGACAGAUGGGACUGGAGCGGGAACGACAACUGGGAAGAAGGCGGUAAGCUUUGGACCGGAUGUCAAACCCGCGGCUGCCCCGGGAGUAGCAGGAGGAGCGGCGCCUGGCAUGGCAAGUCGGACGCCUUCUGGUUCUGGUGCUGCAGCAGAGGAGAAGAAACCACCUAAACCUGUGGAUGGUGUAAUUGGACAGUUGGAGUUGUAUAAGAGUGGAGCGGUGAAGAUUAGGUUGGCCAAUGGUAUUCUGUUGGAUGUAAGUCGUCUGCUGUUGGACAUUAUUCGGCUGGAUUUUCUGACCCACUCUGUCUUUCUCCUCGGCUCCCCGCCCUUCCCUCUAUCUCCCAUCGACCUGUUCCGAAAACGCGAACAGGUAAACCCAGCAACCCAGCCCUCCUUCCUCCAACAGGUCGUCCAUGUCGAUCACAUCCACGAAAAACGAAUUAGCGUCCUGGGAGAGAUCAAUAAACAGUUUGUCGUUUCGCCGAACGUGGAGGCUCUUCUAGAGGCUCUGGACAAGGCGGAUAGGAUGGCGCCGGUUUUGCCAAAGAUUGAAGGAGAGGAGAAGUUGAUUAGAAUGAAGUAG